GAUAUCAGCUUGCUGUAACUCCGUCGGGUAUCCAAGAAGCUGGAAUUGCCCCGAGCUGCUUCUGCUCAGCUGAAGAGCCCAAGUGAUGGGAAGCGGCAGCUCAUUAAUUCAAUACAUUCCGCACGGCUACUAUCUCUUUCAUCCUCUUCGAGUAUCUACGGCAUUUGAAAUUGCGGCUAUACUUUUUCCUCUUUUGUUGAUGUUUGAACUUUUCUUCUUUUGAAGUGACGACACCAGAUGGAUCCAUUAGAUUCUCGAUCUGCUUUUGCAUUGGAGGAGGAAGGAAAAAUGAGGUGAACCGGUUUCCCACAAUUUUGAUUUGCCUCGUCUUUGCAAUCGCAGAAGAAAUCAAGGCAAAACUAUUUGACUGAUCACAAAAUCAAAAUGACAACGGAACCUUCGGAAACUUCCACUCUCCUCCCUUCUACAAACAAAAUGGAGUCGGAAGGCUCUGGAAACUCAAACUCGGCUUUGAGCACCAUUUUUUUGCUCUUUCAGGCCAUCCUCUUUGUCUUUUUCGCCGUUGGAACUUCCUAUGAUUACUCCGAUGAAGCUACCUUUGACGCCAAGGAGUAUGUGGCGUUUCGCGAUAUCAUGGCCAUGCUUCUUUUGGGUUUUGGAUAUCUCAUGACUUUCCUCAAGGACUAUGGACUUGGCGCUGUUGGAUUGACCAUGAUGUUGUCCAUUCUGAGCAUGGAACUUAAUAUUGCCGUGGAAUUGGCAAUGCGAUACGUGUACUAUUAUGGAUUCGGAGCAACUCUCGAGGAUGCUGAUGCUACCAGCUGGCCCAUGCCCGUGACCAUGGCUACCUUGAUUGAUGCAGAGUUUGCAGCGGCUACCUUGAUGAUCACCUUUGGUGCACUGAUUGGACGAGCUACACCACUUCAAAUGAUGGCCGUGUGUCUCUGUCAGUCAGUGGCUUACACCCUCAACAAGGUGGUCUUUGUUCUAGGAUUCAUUGGAGCGGAAGAUGUGGGGGGAUCCAUGACAAUUCACAUGUUUGGGGCUUACUUUGGUUUGGCGGCCAGCUGCGCCUUGGGACCACUGCCUACCAGUAGCAAGACCGAAGCAGAGGAAAGUAACGGACCUGACAAGGUGUCGGAUUUGACGGCAUUGAUUGGAACUACCAUUUUGUGGGUAUUCUGGCCCUCAUUUGUCGGAGCCACCGAGACCGGCGUGGGAUCCUACGAGCAGUUCUGUGUCAUCAACACCAUCUUGGCUCUAUUGGCAUCUACUACCAUGACUUUCUUCCUCUCCCAAAAGCUCACCCCUCAUGGCAAACUUGAUCCCGUCCAUAUUGCCAACUCUACUUUGGCGGGAGGCGUUGCCAUUGGCAGUGCCGCAAGACUUAACAUUGGACCCGCCGGUGCCAUUUUGACUGGAUCUGUGGCGGGAGCUGUUAGUGUCUUUGGGUACGUAUUCAGCUCUCCUUUUCUCGAGUCCAAAUGGGGCAUCAUGGAUACCUGUGGAGUCGGGAACCUGCAUGGUUAUCCUUCCGUUGCGGGCGCCACUCUGAGUAUCAUCUUUGUGGCGUUGGAUUCCAGUGCCGAAUUCUUGGUCUACUCAGAUGAAGUUUGUUCUCAAAUGUUGGCUCAGGCGGCUGGCAUUGCUGCUACAUUGAUCUUGAGUUGCUCCACGGGGUAUGCUACAGGCUUGCUCGUCAAGCCCCUGAAGGAUGAGGAAGCUACGGCGAACUACUUGGAUAGCGUCUGGUGGCAUUUGGAGUACUGAGCGAAUGAUCCCCAAAAGUAGAAGUGAACCGAUGUCGCAAGGAGAUACCGACGGCCAGCGCGACGAUCAUUUUUUGAACUGCUUCUUUGUACGAUGCUUCCAUUCUUGUCUUCUUUACAUACUAACUAUUGUAGUUUCGAUAUCUGGU